AUGAAAAAAAAUUUAGUCUUCUGCACCCUGGACCUCUUCUUUGCUGGAACAGAGACAACUUCUAUCACACUGAGGUGUGCACUGCUGUAUAUGGCCCUUUAUCCAGAGAUCCAAGGUAAAAUACAAGCUGAGAUUCACCGGGUGGUUGGCCAGUCAAGGCAGCCCACCAUGGCUGAUAAGGAAAAUAUGCCCUACACUAAUGCAGCCAUUCAUGAAGUUCAGAGAAUGGGUGAUAUUGUUCCUUUCAACAUGCCCCGGGUGGCUACAGUUGAUACCACAGUGGAAGGAUACCACUUAAUAACUGGGACCAUGCUGAUAACCAACUUGACUGCCUUGCACAGGGACCCCAAGGAAUGGGCUACCCCAGAAACUUUCAACCUGGAACAUUUUCUGGAGAAUGGUCAAUUUAAGAAGAGAGAGUCCUUUCUGCCUUUCUCAAUAGGAAAGAGGGUCUGCCUGGGAGAACAGCUGGCUCGGGCUGAGCUUUUCCUUUUCUUCACUUGCCUGCUCCAGAAAUUCACGUUCCAGGCUCCUCCUAACACCAAGCUGAGCUUGGACUCCCGAUCUGGCUUAACUGUCUCUCCUGCCUCCUACCAAAUCUGUGCCUUUCCUCGACACAUGUAG